UUUGCAGUCGGGUAUAACAGAAGAAGAAUCGAGGAGACAGAGAUGAAGAUUGCCAAAAUAACUUCGAGUGACGCUGAUGCAUUCUCUUUGUUAGACCGCAACAAAUGUUUCAGCGUUGUGGCUGCAUCGGUUAAAGAUGCUGUAUCAGAUUCAGUUGUGGAUCUGAAAUGUCCAGAGCUUUGUGUUAUUGUUGAGCUGCUGCCGCUCUCUGGGAUUUCCAAAGGGUCACUAGUGGUUGCUGUCUCAGUUCUUCCUCACAAUCUGGUGAGUACAAAACCACGACUUUGUGUAAAGGCAUUGAUCUCCAAUACAAAGGCGAGGAACUGAAACCAAGUAAUGGUCCUAUAGUUUGGGAUUGGUCUCUCGCAAGCAGGGAUCAAAAUCAAUAUAUCCGUUGAUUAGGGGGAUGGUGCUAUGCAUUUGGCGGUUGUGCAAGAUAUCUUAACCUUCAUUGAACUCCAGAGGAGGAUGUGAUGAGAAAUGGUGAUAGUUGCAAUGGUGUUAAAGUACCGGUUUCUGUAUGCUUUGCCUUUUGAGUUGUAUCAGAUUUUGUACAUUCACGCUUCACAACUGCCUCAUAGUUUUAUGAUCUCUGUUUGAAAUACAUUAUUUCAAUGUUACCACCAAUAAAGUUUACUGUUUAGUUGAAGCCAAAAUACUAGUUUGGUCAGUGUUCAUUUUGUGGCUGCAUGCUGUAAUGGAAUUUAAUGGUAUCAUUUGCCAAACGUGAG